AUGUCUUCAAGUGGAGGCAAGCUUGUGGUAGGAGGCGUUGCCAUCAUUGCAUCGUGGUGGUUUGGAGUGAAUUUCUGGAAACCGCUAAUCCUAGAACAGCUAGAUAAAGAUGGUAACUUAAAGGACAAGUAUAAACCAGAAGUACCUAAGGAUGAAGUAGCCUCAUGGUCAGAUUUGAAACAGAAAUGGGCUGCUGUUGUUGAUCCACAACUGAAUUUUUCAAGUCAGGACAAGGCAAGUUUGGAAGAGUUGAAGGAACAUCUACAAGAGAAUAAACCAACAGAUCGAUGA